AUGCCAUAUAUUGAGAAAGAGGAAAAGCUUCAAUUAGUCGCUAAACGGACGGGACAACAACGUGAUAACCAGAAUAAGAAAGGCAAAAGCACGGUCAACUGCAAAUACUGUGGUUUAUCAAACGAGAGAGACAAGGAAAAGUGUCCGGCGUGGGGUAAAACUUGCCGAUCAUAUGGGAAAAAGAAUCAUUAUGCUAAAGUAUGCACCAGCCGAGGCGACAGUAAUCGUCGACAAGCACAUUCCUUAGAGACAGGAGAUUUAUAUAUUGGAACCAUCGCAAAAGAAAUUAAAGUUAACACUGUUGAAAGCAGCGAGGAGGUCCAACAUCAUAUAUAA